AACUUGUUGUUCUCUACUCUCCACUGCAGCCACCUUAUCUCUCUUUAUCCCUCUCUCUGGUUCUUUCUUCAACUCAACAAGGGAACUGAGUGAGUGAGAGAGAGAGAGAGAGAGAGAGAGAGAGUCAUGGACGUUGUUCUUCAAACCAGAGGCCUUCUCUCUCUCCCCACAAACCCCAUUAACAAGGUUUCACUUUUACACCCCUCCCAAGGUUUAAGGCUCAGGCUUUUCUCACCAAAGCCAAAAAUCCUUGCUGCAUCUUCUCCUUCCUUCAAUGGGUUCCAAAGACUUUCACCAAAACCCAAUGUCUUUGCCCAAAGGGACAAAACUCAAAAUUUAUUCUUGUGCAGGGCUGAGGCUUCAGCAGCUGCAGCCUCCUUUGGGGAAUCAGAAACUGAGAAACCCAAGAUUUUUGGUGUUGAAGUUGCCACCUUGAAGAAGAUUGUGCCUCUGGGGAUGAUGUUCUUCUGUAUCCUCUUCAACUACACCAUCUUGAGAGACACAAAGGAUGUUUUGGUUGUGACGGCCAAAGGAAGCAGUGCUGAGAUUAUACCGUUUCUCAAAACUUGGGUCAACCUUCCCAUGGCUAUUGGCUUCAUGUUGCUGUACACUAAGUUGGCUAAUGUGUUGUCCAAACAAGCUCUGUUUUACUCUGUAAUACUUCCCUUCAUUGCCUUCUUUGGUGCGUUUGGUUUUGUUCUGUACCCUCUCAGCAAUCAUAUCCACCCGGAGGCGUUUGCGGAUAAGCUUCUUAAUAUCCUUGGUCCUCGGUUUCUUGGUCCUCUUGCAAUUAUGAGGAUAUGGAGCUUUUGUUUGUUCUAUGUCAUGGCUGAAUUGUGGGGAAGUGUAGUCAUUUCGGUGCUGUUUUGGGGAUUUGCCAAUCAGAUAACAACUGUUGAGGAAGCAAAACGAUUCUAUCCUUUAUUUGGACUUGGUGCCAAUGUAGCCCUUGUGUUCUCUGGUCGAACAGUGAAAUACUUUUCUAAUCUUAGGAAGAAUUUAGGUCCUGGAGUUGAUGGUUGGGCCAUCUCUCUAAAAGGAAUGAUGAGCAUAGUUGUGGGCAUGGGACUUGCAAUCUGUUUAAUAUAUUGGUGGGUGAAUAACUAUGUUCCACUUCCUACACGUAGCAAGAAGAAGAAGGAGAAGCCCAAAAUGGGAACAAUGGAGAGCAUAAAAUUUUUAGUGUCUUCAAAAUACAUAAGGGAUCUUGCCACUUUAGUGGUUGCAUAUGGAAUUAGCAUUAAUCUUGUUGAGGUUACGUGGAAAUCAAAGCUCAAAGCUCAGUUUCCUAGCCCCAAUGAAUACUCAUCUUUCAUGGGAGACUUUUCAACUGCAACUGGAAUUGCUACAUUCACAAUGAUGCUUUUAAGCCAAUUUAUCUUUGACAAAUAUGGAUGGGGAGUUGCUGCCAAGAUCACCCCCACUGUUCUGCUUUUAACAGGAGUUGGUUUCUUCUCUCUCAUAUUAUUUGGCGGCCCAAUUGCUCCUGUUAUCGGAAAUCUGGGAAUGACUCCACUGCUAGCUGCUGUAUACGUGGGUGCAUUGCAGAACAUAUUCAGCAAGAGUGCUAAGUACAGUUUAUUCGAUCCCUGCAAAGAAAUGGCCUACAUACCCUUGGAUGAGGAUACCAAGGUGAAGGGGAAGGCAGCCAUUGAUGUAGUGUGCAACCCAUUGGGGAAAUCUGGUGGAGCUCUAAUUCAGCAGUUCAUGAUCUUAAGUUUUGGUUCACUGGCUAAUUCUACUCCAUAUCUGGGAGGGGUGCUUCUGGUGAUUGUUCUUGCCUGGUUAUCGGCGGCCAAGUCUCUUGAUUCCCAGUUUUCAGCUUUGCGUAGAGAAGAAGAGCUUGAGAAAGAGAUGGAAAGAGCAGCUGCUGUCAAGAUACCAGUGGUGGCUAAGGAUGAAGAUGGAAAUGGUUCUCUUGCAGGUGUUCCACUGUUGAAUCCAACAACUGGUGGUGAUUCCUCAAGUACAUUGAAUUGAAUCAACUCCUCACAAUGUUUAAAGCUUAAACUUCAUUGAAUUGCAAGGAAGCUGGAGGAGUCAGCUCAAACUAUUAGUUGUAGGUCAUUUUCUAAUGAGUUUGAUUCUCACUUUCUUUUUUCUAGUCUCCUUAUUGUUGUUACUUUUGUCCCAUAGAUAAAUGAUUUUCUUCCUUCAACAUGAAACUUUCCUAUUUGGUAGUACAUUAAAAAAAAAUAAAAAGAAAUGAAAGAAUGAACACAUUUGUAAACUUUGUUUCCAAUAUGAGUUCAUGGUUUGGGAAUGGAA